AUGCCGCUCUUCGUACCCAUGCUUCACCUCGCCAUGCUCUUCCUCAACGUGUACGAUUCGUACAAGACCCUCAAGUUCCCACCAGCUUCUUCCAGGCGGAACGAUGGACUACCGAGCGUUAGAGCUAUGACUCAACGGAAGAGGGAUAUGAAAGGUUGUUUAGCUGUUUGGAUCGUUUGGUGUUGUUUUGCUGUUUAUGAGAGAUUCGGAGAAGCUAUUAUUAGCUUGUUCAUACCCUUCUACGACGAAUUCAAGAGUAUCGUUCUACUCUUCCUCAUACUCACACGAGCCCGGGGCGCCGAACCAAUAUACCUACACAUUAUCCGCCCCCUCCUCAAGCCAUUCACAUCCACCCUCGACGCAUUCUUGGAACUCCUACUCAUGAUUGGGGACUUUAUAUUCGCCCUAUCCACCUUCCCAAUACAACGCGGGUUGGCCUUGUAUCACACGUUGUAG